AUGGCAGAAUUAUACGCACAGAUAGUUUUAAAAUCUUGUAGCCUCAAAUGGAUCCAAUCAAAACGUGCUUCUAUUAUAUUUUUGGAUUUAACUAGUGCUGAAAUCCUCCGCCAGGACGACCAUCCCUCCUUUUCUUUGUGGGGAUCCACAGAUGGAACUCAGAAUGAAGUUAGUACCAUACUAGACUAUGUUUCUGGCCAUACGACUGCAGUGUUCCGUGAGGAUACAUUCUAUUGGUUCACUUAUGACCUGCAAUUGCAUGGAUAUGAUAUUAAUCUUAAAACAUGGUUCCGCUCACCAAGUCUUAUAACAGAAUUCCCCCCAGUUGAACUAGAUGAAGAUCCUUUUUUCCCCGUUUUGGUUGAUCUUCAUAAUGGAAAAUUCUUGGUGGUUAUUAAUGAUUAUCCUGGACGAUUAACAAUUGCCUCCCUUGUGGUGGCCAAGGUCAUUGCCGGAAGCUCUUUACGAGUCUCCGUGGAGAAUGUUCAAAUUCUAUCCUGUGACGAUUCUUUUUUUCUUGAAGAUGGGAGGCCAGUAAUGGCAGUUCAAGUCAAAGAAGAGCGCAUUAGGGUUGAAGAGCCUCCAAUGGAUCUGGUAGAGGGAAGGCAGUCGGCAGUUAUGUAUUUCAGUGGCAUGAUAGAUAAGUUUCGGGAGUGGUAUCGAUUCGAUCCGAAUGCAGAGGCGGGUAAAAUAAAAAAUAUUGAACCUGUUGCACAGUUGUAUUCCAAUCGUGAAAUUCAGGGAGGUUGGGUUGUUACUGAUGAAGAUGAUCUCUACUAGGCUGGAGGAUUGGAUCUCGGAUCUGAACCACCGACGACUUCCAAGCUAUUGCUCAAACAUAGUCCUAUCUUGCUUUCCCCUAGACGAUGGCUUCAGGAAUCUGAUUCCAGGAAGCUUCCCUGCGUCACCCCCUUCAUCCAACCCCUUGAUAGAAAGCUCUAUGUUGUGGCCCGAAGUCAGCACCACUAUUCUGCAUCAUCAGAUUGGACCAAGUGUGGUGAAGUUUACGACCUCGACAAAAAGACUUGGGAAUACCUGAAUGCCGAUUUCCAGCCCUUUAACAACAAGGACUAUCAGGCUGCUGUUGGGCUUAAAGAUGGUGUAAAGAUGGUUUUUUAUAACUUGUCUGACCCUGCUUCUAUUCUAUUUUUGGAUUUAACUAGUGCUAAAAUCACCAUGAAGACCAUCCCUCCUUUUCUUUGGGUAUCAAAAGUUUGAUCACACUAUCCCAUGUUUCUGCCCGUAUGCCUGCAGUGUUCCGUGAGGAUACAUUCUAUUGGUUCACUUAUGACCUGCAAUUGCAUGGAUAUGAUAUUAAUCUUAAAACAUGGCUCCACUCACCAAGUCUUAUAACCCGAUUUCCCCCACUUAAACUAGAUGAUCCUUUUUCCCCCGUUUUGGUUGAUCUCCAUAAUGGAAAAUUCUUGGUGGUUAUUGUUGAUCAUCCUGGACGAUUAACAAUUGCCUCCCUUGUGGUGUUCAAGGUCAUUUCCGGAAGCUCUUCAUGUUUAACCGUCUCCGUGGAGAAUGUUCAAACUCUAUCCUGUGACGAUUCUUUUAUUCCUACAGACGGGAG